AUGAACGAAGACUUCUGCUAUCCCACCUGGGAUUUCUGGAUGAACACCCGCUACACCUGCCCAGUCUACUGCAAGGACAACGAAGACUACUGCUACGUCCCCAGCUACGAUGCGCAGGGAGACUGGAUCAGCACCAAGGAGACUUGCGUGCCCAGAGGCGAGAAGUGUGACUGCUCACAGGGCCAGAAUGCCUUCGAGUGCACCUUCAGCGACCCGUGGUACGGCUCUUGGUCCGAAUGCCUCCCGAAGGUCGGUGGCUACUGCCCCGUGACGUGCCCGGAAGGCAAAGUCGCGUGUGACAUGGUGGUCGACUACUUGCCCAACGGCACAUCUUUGGGAUACUUCCAGCCUCCUGAGCAGUGUGCCGACAGCUUCGACAAGUGCCCCUGUGGCAAGGAGGCCGAGCGCUGCAACAUCGUGGGAUGUAGACCGGCCAGCGAGGGAUGCCCCAUCACCUGCACGGCAGAGCAGAAGAAAUGCUACCUCACAGAUUUCAGCGAUGCUGGCAAUCGCAUCAGUGACCGGGAGGUUUGUGUCGCGUCCGAUGCUACUUGCCCCUGCGGCAAGAACACCGCCAAGUGCCCUGGAAGCGACGUUUGCGUGCUCCCCAGCGAGAAAGCCCUGAUCUGUCCUUGCAAGGAGUCGGAAGAGGUGUGCACUGUGCCAAACUACGACACGUACGGCAAGAUCACAGAUUGGGAGACGACCUGCGCCAAGUCCGGCAAGGCUUGCCCCUGCGGCAAGAACACCGUGAGCUGCCCGGAUCCCAACGACGCAGAGAACAACCUCUGCUCUCCAAAGUUCUACCACAAGAAGUGCCCAGUGCCGUGCACGGUCGACCAGAUUCAAGCCGGCAACAGCACAUGCAUUCAAACCAACCUGGACUCCUCUGGCGAGUUCGAGUCGGAGACCGUCACCUGCCUUCCUCCAGGAGAGAAGUGCUCCCCGGGCAAGAACAUGAAGCGCUGUCCCUCGGGCGCGGUGCUUCCAGCCGCUUCGAAGUGCGUAAACUUGUACGGCACUUCCAAUGUUACAACGGUCGAUGGCACUCAGAAGGAGAAGACCACUGUGUACAUCACUCUGACAGGAACAAGUGAGAAAGCGGCGUCCAAAUCCGACACGUCCAGGGUCAAGCUCAACGGCGCGCUGCAGCUGCCGGCGGAGCUGAAGUCCAGCAUGUCGAUCGCCACGGCGUCCUCUCGACGCCUCAGCAACGGCCGCAAGCUCACGGAGACCAAGCAAGUGCUGGCCUUCACAGUGGAAAACACAGGAAAGAGCUCCGUGUCCCCUUCUGCGGUGGGCGAGCAACUGAAGCAGAUGGUGACCAGCAGCAAUCCGGAGCUGACCAAGGCUAUGAGUUCCGUCGGCGGCAUCGACGCACAGGCUGGCGUCAACGUUGACCAGUCCAGCACGAAGGUGGUGACCCGAGCUCAGGCGGCCAAGGACAAACGAGCCGCCCAGGCUGGGAUUACCACCCUGACUACAACCACUGCCGAGGCCACGACGGCAGCCGCAACCACGGCCGCUGGAACCACAGCUGCCGGAACGACGGCCGCCGGAACCACGGCCGCCGGAACCACGGCCGCCGGAACCACGGCCGCCGGAACCACGACUUCAGAGAACGUCGGGAGCACUACGAGCGGGAUGAGCGGGACAUCUGAAGUCACCUCAACCACGACACUGGAUGUCAGGAGAAGAAGGCGGGCAAAUCCCCAGCUCCGCGCGGGGCAGCUUGGCCAGUUCCUUCAGUGCGCUUGGUCUGCUCGCUGUGGUGAUAUUUGCAUGAACUUGGUCUCAAUCACGCAUCAAAUGUAUUUCGGUACCACGUGA